CGGGGCGGGGCAGCUUUGUUUCAGGCCGCGGGAACUAUUUCUGGCCGCCCUUUCCCCGGGGGAUCACAUCCGCCUGGCGCGCCCGGAACGACGGGCCCCUCCUCAGCCGGCCGCCCGUGCGCGGGCCGUGGGGGCUGGUCUGUGUUCGGAACCAGCCUCCCCAGAAGCCUGGCACCUCGGAGCAGGCCCAGGGGCGCGUGGGCGGGGAGUGGGCUCAUGCCCGCUGGCUCCGUUAUAGGGUCUGCGCCUUGUUUUCUCCCCGGGCUGCAGCUACUGCUGCUUGGUGGGGGAAGGGGCAGUGGCAGGUCUGGUGUUGAGGCCCAGGGUGGGGUGCCUGGAGAAGGUGUGUGGUCCCUCCCAGGAUCUGACUGUCCAGAAAUGUCCUCUGUCCUGCCCCGCCCUGGCCCAGACCAAAAUACCGGGCUUGGCCGCUCCCUUCUGUGCCGCUGGGAGUGGACGCUGCCUGCUCUGGAAGCCCAGCUCGGCCCCAUUGCCUGGGCAACCACAACGAGGGGUGGCAGGAUCCUAUCCUGCCCAUCUGGCGUGGGUCAGACCUGUGGCCUCCUCUUCUAGUAGAGCCUCCUGGGGAAUUUCCAUCUACCCGUCUUACGGAGGAGCCGUUGGGCCAGCCAGGCCCUGGUGUUGUGGCUAUCUGACCUCCCCCGCCUCCGGGCCCCAAGAUGGGCGAGUUCAAUGAGAAGACGACAUGCGGCACCGUCUGCCUCAAGUACCUGCUCUUCACUUUCAACUGCUGCUUCUGGCUGGCUGGUCUGGCCGUCAUGGCAGUGGGCAUCUGGACGCUGGCCCUCAAGAGUGACUACAUCAGCCUGCUGGCCUCGGGCACCUACCUGGCCACAGCCUACAUCCUGGUGGUGGCUGGUAUUGUUGUCAUGGUGACUGGUGUCCUGGGCUGCUGCGCCACCUUCAAGGAGCGGCGGAACCUGCUGCGCCUGUACUUCAUCCUGCUCCUCAUCAUCUUUCUGCUGGAGAUCAUUGCUGGCGUUCUGGCCUACGUGUACUACCAGCAGCUGAACGCGGAGCUGAAGGAGAACCUGAAGGACACCAUGAUCAGGCGGUACCACCAGCCAGGCCACGAGGGCGUGACCAGCGCCGUGGACAAGCUGCAGCAGGAGUUCCACUGCUGUGGCAGCAACAACUCCCAGGACUGGCAGGACAGCGAGUGGAUCCGCUCUGGCGAGGCGGGCGGCCGUGUGGUCCCCGACAGCUGCUGCAAGACCGUGGUGGCGGGCUGCGGGAAGCGGGACCACGCCUCCAACAUCUACAGGGUGGAGGGCGGCUGCAUCAGCAAGCUGGAGACCUUCAUCCAGGAGCACCUGAGGAUCAUCGGGGCUGUGGGCAUCGGCAUCGCCUGCGUGCAGAUCUUUGGCAUGAUCUUCACGUGCUGCCUGUACAAGAGCCUGAAGCUGGAGCACUACUGACCGUGCCGCUCCGGCCCUCCGUGCAUGCUGCAGCUGCUGCAGCUUCGCGCCGCCCAUGACUACUGAGCUGAACUACUGACGGCCUGGGCUGGGGUCCCAGGAUGCCACUCCCGCCCCUCUCCCCUCUGCCAAGGAGGCUGUCUUCUCAUGCCUCUGCCCCCCCAUGACCUCUGGGGACCCCCAGCCCCAGGGGGAGCUUCAAGUGCCUUUUGCUGCACACCAAAGUCCUGAGGCCUGAGGCAGGGUCCCCUCCCGCGGCGGGGCGGGGCGGCACUUCUGCCUGUCUGCUGGUGGGGGUCCUGGUCUGGCUGGUGGGGUAGGACCAUUGGGUUCUGACAAUAAAGGGCCCCCUCCCAGGCCACCUUCUUUGGGGUGGGGUCAUGAGGCCUUGGGGUGCUCCCUGAUGCCUCUGCUGAGUCAGAGGGGUUGGUUUGCAGGCAAGUUGGGUAGAACGGGGCUGGGCCACCCUAGGAGACCCCCUCACCCCAUCCUGUGCCUCUGUUGCCCCCUCUGCUCCCUGAACCCCCUUUUCUCCACUGCUCUCAGCACCGUCUAAAAGGCCACAUACUCACAUGCUCAUUGUCUCCCCUUCCCGGUGCAGAGGGUUUGUGGGUUUUAUUAACUGCUGUGUUACAAAUGCCUGGAACUGCUCCUGCCACCUAACAGGUGCUCAAUAAACGUGUGUGAACAGA